AUGGCUUUCCAAAAGGAGUACCUUGAUUUGGUGUUGGUCCCUUGUGGACUGCUCAUAAUGUUUGCUUAUCAUCUCUUCCUCCUCUACAGAUACCUUAAUUGUCCGCACACCACGGUGAUGGGUUUUGAGAACAAUGACAAAAUAGCUUGGGUGGAAAGAAUUAUGCAGAUUGAUAAACGGGACGUUGGAGUAGCUCUAUCUGUCAUAUCAUCAAACACAUCAGCUGCAACUUUCUUGGCAUCAGUCUCUUUAACGCUCUGCUCUCUCAUUGGUGCUUGGAUUGCAAACUCCUCUAAAGAAUUUCUGCAGAGUGAAUUAAUCUACGGAGACACAAGGCCAUCCACCAUGUCUAUCAAGUACAUAAGCCUCCUAACCUGCUUCCUCCUCGCUUUUUCAUGCUUUGUUCAGUCAGCAAGGAGCUUCGUCCAUGCAAACUAUCUGAUAAGCACCCCAGAUAGCAACAUACCUGCGCAGAAUGUGGAAGUGGCAGUUAUAAGGGGUGGUGAUUUUUGGUCACUCGGGCUUAGAGCACUUUAUUUUGCUCUGGAUUUGCUGCUAUGGUUUUUUGGGCCGAUACCCAUGUUUGUUUCCUCCAUUGUUAUGGUUAUAGUCCUCCAUUAUCUUGACACAAACACAACUCUGUUGCAUCAGCAUAGGUCCCCAGGGAACAAGAUGGUCAAAAGCGUGGCUGACUGA